AUGGAUUCAUCCAAAUCAGAAUAUGAUAUGUUAACAAAAACUGAUAAUAAAAAAAUAACUAAUUUUGAUAGCAAUAUAUUUGAUAGUGAAGAAAAUGAUCAUAAUAAUGAAAAUAGGAUUAAUCAACAACAAAUGGAAAUAUCGAAGUUUGAUAAUGAAGGAUUAAUUUUCAGAAAGAAAACUAUAAUGUCUAAGACAAAUUUUCUACCAACGAAACGUUCAUCAAUAGAUCAAUUAAAUCUUUCUUCGAAGAAAAUAAAAUUACAAUUAAAAGAUUUUCCAUCUAUCGAUGAACAGCAAAUAAUAACAUGUAAAAUAUCUUCAGCAGAAAAAUCUCUAAACAAAACAAUUUCUGAAAAUACAACAUUACAUAAAACCGAUACUGCUUUUACUAAUCAUCAUGAUCAUUUAAUAACAGCAGUAGCAUCUUCAAAUACACCAUCAAAAGAUGAUGAUGUUCAAUCGAUACCGGCGAAUACUAAACAAGAAUCAAUACCUUCAAAACCAAUAUUAACAAGCAAUGAGACACACAACCAACUAAUUAAUUCAAUCGAUUUCAAUUACGAUGAACAAAUAAAACUUAUUUCAUCGCUAGUAAUCGAUAAUACUCAGCAAAAUAGUUUCAAUGAACAACAAAUUCUAAAUCAAAAAGAACAAAAAACACAUGAAUUAUUAUCUUACAUUCUGGUUGACAAAUCAACAUCACCAUCUAUUGAAAAUUCUUCACUUAAAAAAGCUAGUCAAGUCUCUCAACAAGAAGUCUUGAGAUCUUCAUCAAUAAUAUCUGAAGAAGUUUCAAUAUCAACCAUUUCUUGUAAAACUACCGAAAAAUCAUUAAACGUAACAAAUAAUUUUCUUCUAGAUAAUACCAAUUCAUAUAAUUUACCGAUUGAUCAUCAAGCAGUUAUCACAGAUACAUCAACAAUAUCAAUACCAGCUGCUUUAUCCGAUAUUAAAAACCCUUCUUGUUUCUCAUCAUCAGUAACCAAUGAAACAUUAAAUCCAUGCAAUUCUCGAUCAAUAACUAAUCAUGAACAUUCAUCAAUACCAAUGCGUCUAUUUCCACAACUUAUCACGCAAGAUAGUAAUUUAUUCAUGUUUCAUCAUCAGCACUAUUCAUAUCCAUUAGUUGCACGACCACCAUCAAAUUCACCACCAUUAUCAAUACGAACACUAUCAACAAGUAGCAAUAAUAGUACUAUUGGUAACUGUUGUUACAAUAUAAAUAUGUCUGGACAACAAUAUUGUCAUGAUAAAGAAUCAAGAAGAGAUUCUAUUACAAAUUCAUCCACUACAUCAUCAUUCCAUUGUUCAACACCUAACAGUACCAUUAGUCGACAGCAAUCUUUUGAAUCAGAUUCUAUUUUUUCAUUUGGAAAUCUAUCUGAAGUCUAUGGUUAUGCUUUACCAGCUCAACAAUCGUUGAAUUCAUUUACAAGUGAAUGUUAUCAUAUAAAUGAUUUUCAAUCUUAUGAUCCAUACAAUAUUCAAUGGGAAGGAUAUAUCAUAUUAAAAAAUAAUCAAGCAUAUAUAAAAACUCAAUUUAUAGCUGGUAAUCCUCAAAUAGCACGUAUAUCAAUAAAUUAUUGGCAUUCGGAUACACAUCGUAAUUUACGGAUAUCACAACGUAUGCGUUUAGAACAAAUACAACUUGAUGGUGUACAGAAACGUAUGCAAAUGGAUAAUGAUCAUUGUAUAUUAAUUGCUGAACCAAAUGGUUUAACACCAGAUGAAAUACGUUCUGAACAAAGUUAUUUAAAAAAUGAUAUUAUUCAGUAUUUACAUGAAAAACAAGCUGCUGGAAUUUUUAAUAUUUUAUUGCCCGGUCUAUUACAACCAGUUUAUGUUGUACAUAUAUUUCCACCAUGUCAAUUUGCAUCAGAAAUAUUACAGAAACGUGCUCCAGAUGCUUAUCGUUGUGUUGUUCAAAAUAAAAUUGAAAAAAUUUAUCUAUUAUUUAUUAUAACAAGCACCAUUCAAUAG